GGACGUUGACACUACGAGUUCGUCAUGGAUACAAGGGUGUUCAUCGAAUGGAUUGUUGUUGCUCUGGUUGCCGCUUUGUCGACCUGUGCCACCGAGAGAACGCUGGAAAUGGUCCAUGUGAUUUACCGUCAUGGCAAUCGAGCUCCGAUGUCCAACUAUCCAACUGACUCAAGGUCUCCCGAUACAUGGCCACUCGGAUUGGGUCAGCUCACCAAUAUUGGCAAAUUGCAGCAAUAUCACCUUGGUGAAUGGUUACGUAAGAGAUACGGUGAUAUUCUUAUAAAUACAACAUACAACCCAAAGGAGAUCUAUGCGCGUAGUAGCGAUAUAGACAGAACACUGAUGUCAGCACAGUGCAACCUGGCUGGCCUCUUUCCUCCAAAGGAAAACGAAAUAUGGUUUCCGAAUAAUAUGUUGACAUGGCAACCAAUACCAAUACACACAACAAUGGUAACGACGGAUUCUCUUAUAGGAUUUCCUCCAUGUCCAAAGUAUGCUGCACUGUUAAACGAAGUAAAGAAGAGUGAUGUUGUUAGGCAGUACGAACAAACAAACAAGGAUUUUCUAGACUUUGUCAGAAAUAAAUCUGGCUUAGAGGAUACUACAUCCCUAUUCGACCUAGUUACAGUUGCUUCUUCCACUUACUUCGAGAAAGUUGGAAACAAACAACUUCCAGAGUGGAUAAAUAGCACUAUUUUCGAUAAGCUAACGGAUUUACAUAAUUUUGAAAUGGAAGUGAGGGAUGGGCCUGAUAGCGUCGAAAUGAAACGACUCGGUAAAGGCGUUUUACUAAACGAGAUUGCUGAGAACAUGAUUGCUAAAGCCUACUCACCCGAGAAUAAAACGUACAAAAUGUAUACGUAUGUAGGAGCAGACUCGGUGAUAUCCCGUCUCCUUAAUGCUAUAGGUGUGUUCAAUAACUUAGUACCGCCUCCAGCUUCCUGUGUUAUGAUUGAAUUAUAUAAGAAAUCGCACCGUAAAAGAAGUUACACGGUCGAUAUAUACUACCGCAACGAUUCAUCGGUGGACCCCUUCGUGCUUACAAUACCAGGAUGUAAAACACACUGCCCUCUAGAAAUGUUUUUAGAAUUAACAUCCGACGCAAGGAUUACAGAGGAAAGAUGGUUUGAGGAAUGUGGCGGCGGUAAACGCGACUUUCAAUCCUACUCACAUGGAGCAAGCCUACAUUUGAAUAAAGGGGACAGUUUUGACUAUUAG